AAAUGGCUAAAAAAAAUCAUCGUACCGCUAUACAGAAGCGGUAUAAUAUCGUUAAGAAACAGAUGAUGGACGAACAGCGCAGACGCGCGGAGAGAAAUCGUCUUAAACAGCUAUGCCACGGCAUCACAGAUCAACUGCGUUCAAUUAGUGUCGACCGUAGUAAAGAAGCUGUAUCGGAUAACUACCCACAGGAAGUAGUAAUGGCAGUGGCAAAGCCACAAAGAAGAGGAUGUAAUCUAAUCAGGGACCACCCAGAUGAACAUGUAGUAACGGCAAGACGCAAGAAAGUAUUGAAACAAGCUAUGAAACGACGACGUAAAAUAGGAACAUAAACAAUAUCGCAAUGUCUAUACCCUAUGCAAUAUUAUGCUGUGCUAGAUACAGUUUGAG